UUAUAUUUAUUUUUCUUGUUGCAUUAAAUCAUUGACCCUGUCGCUAAUUUAAUCUUUCUUUGUCUUCUCUCUCUUUCCCAAUUCUUCUUCUUCUUCUUCUUCUUCUCUGUUUUCAAAGUGGAAAAUCAAUGGCUACACUCACUGUACCCCCUGUUCCUCCUACCCCAAGAGAUGAUGCCAUGCAACUUUACCGUGCUUUCAAAGGAUUUGGGUGUGACACUACUGCUGUGAUCAAUAUUCUUGCUCACCGAGAUGCUACACAGCGUGCGUACCUCCAACAAGAAUACAAAGCAACAUAUGCUGAGGAGCUGUCCAAGCGUCUAAUUUCAGAGCUUAGUGGAAAGUUAGAGACUGCAGUUCUGCUUUGGAUGCAUGACCCCGCAGGACGUGAUGCAACAAUCAUUAGACAGUGUCUAGCCGUCGACAUGAACUUCGAAGGUGCUACUGAAGUCAUAUGUUCACGCACUCCAUCCCAGCUACAAUAUUUAAAACAGAUCUACCAUUCUAAGUUUGGGGUUUACCUUGAGCAUGAUAUUGAAGCAACCACAUCAGGGGAUCUUAAAAAGAUCUUGCUUGCAUAUGUUAGCACACCUCGUCCUGAAGGCCCUGAGGUCAAUAGGGAAAUUGCUCAGAAGGAUGCAAAGGUUCUCUACAAAGCAGGGGAGAAGAAACUAGGAACUGAUGAGAAGGCUUUUGUCCACAUAUUCAGUGAACGAAGCGGAGCACAUUUGGCUGCCAUUAGUUCUUAUUACCAUGACAUGUAUGGUCACAAGCUGAACAAGGCAAUAAAGAAUGAAACGUCAGGGAUUUUCGCUCAUGCACUUUUGACAAUAUUCCAAUGUGCUGUUAAUCCAGCAAAGUAUUUUGCAAAGGUGUUGCAUAAGGCGAUGAAAGGUUUGGGGACUAAUGAUACCACUCUCAUAAGGGUCAUUGUUACAAGGACUGAGAUUGAUAUGCAGUAUAUCAAAGCUGAAUACUUAAAGAAAUACAAGAAGACUCUGAACGAUGCAGUUCACUCAGAAACAUCCGGCCACUACAGGGCUUUUCUCCUCGCACUUUUGGGCCCCAAUCACUAGCCAAAAUGUUCAAUAAUGUUUAAUGUGAGAUUAAUCCACCUGUGAUGUUUGGUCAAUUUUAAGUGUUAUAAAAUUUGGUUGUUUGUGGUGCUUUGUAAGUGUUUUGAACAUACACUCCAGUUUCAGAUAGGGACUUGUGUAAGCAUAAUGCAUUGUGUGAAAACUGAAAAGUAAGUAUGACUAUUAUUUUGUCUCGACAAUAUUCAAAUGCUAGAUUGUGAUUGUGCGUAGAA